AUGAACCUAAGUCCUAGUCCUAGCCGCGGAUUGGCAGCUCUUCCGUCAAACGCCGAGGCGAUUCAAACAGCUGAGUAUUGGGACGCUGAUCUGUCAGAACCAUUCAAUGAAUUUAAAAGGCUAGCAUUAACAACUCCGGUGCUCAAGAACGUCUUGAGGAAUUUGGAUGAGGACUUGGACGUCAUCAAAAUGAAUUGGACUACUGAGAUGGCCGCGGUCAAAGAUGAAGACGAGCGUCCAGGUCUCAUGUUGGACGUCUUCAAAGAUUGGUGCGCUAUUAAGCCUCGGGCAGAUAAGGAGCUCGGUCCUUGGUUUGUGGCAAACCUGAAGCCAUCAUACACGCCCGAGGAGUUCUCCACGUGGGCUUUGAUCCGAGCCAGUGCCUCAUUCAAGUGCUGGUACCGGCACAAGCCGAAGCUGCUGUGGCGUAUGUUUGGCAUACAGUUACAGUCCAUCAAGUCAAUGGCUUCGCGUGGUGAAAUUCCUGUCGCCGUGGUACCGAGUAUGUAUGCGGCUCUGAGGCCUGACAGCAAAUUCAUCAGUCGGGCCGUUGCCCGAAUGAAGGAGGGAUUGAAGUAUCCCGGGGUUGGAAUUGAUGAUGAUAUCGCAGAGGACGCGUAA